AUGUUCAAAAUCUACCUUAUCGAGGAUUAUGUCACUCUAAAGGUUUCUGAAUACAUAAAUGACAGUAACAAGAUCCUCCUGGAGAAAUUGGCAAACAAGUACAUAGACAGGAUUAUCUUUGGAACUGGACUCUGUAUACUACUGGAUGACAAUCUGCUAAAGUGCGAGCCUAGAAUCCUCCCAUCGGAGGGACAGGCCCAUUACAAGACACACUUUCGACUUUUGGUCUUUUCCCCAAACAUAAAUCAGAUCCUAAAGGGACAAAUUAUAGACUGUGAUAGCGAAUCCAUCACAUUGUCCCUGGGAUUCUUUAGUGACAUUCGAGUAAUCACUAGCACUCUGCCUCCGGAAUAUCGCUACGACAAGAAUGCCAAGUGUUGGUCCAAGAUUACGGACUCUUCUCGAAAGAUUUACCGAUUAAACGACAUUGUAGACUUUAGAGUCGUUGAUAUAAUAUACAAUCGCACGCCUGAACAAACUGGCAACACUACCGCAAAGCAGCUCCCCGUAAUGCUAGUUAUAGCCGCCCUGACAGAUUAA